CAGGGCUCUGCACCACAAUUUGCCCUGACAGAUCCAUUUGAAACUACCGGAGCAGCUUUUUGCUGCUUUUUGUGCAGCUGGAACCGGCAGGGCCACAUUCGUGGAAAGGCUUUUUUGAUCGCUGUGGAUAAAUGAGAAUUGUUUCCAGCUUUUAAAGCAUGGUAUAUGCCAGGCACAUCCUCUCUGGACACCGUGUGUUCCUGAGUGUGUCCCAGCCCAUUGUCCCCUGGCAGGACUGGUGGUGAGUGGGAGGAGAGGCAGAGCCCAGCCUUCCUCCAUGACCUGGGGCAGGAGGAUGUCAGCGGACACCCGGCUCUUGUCUUUGAGGAUGGGAGGUGGGUGCUCUUUGCUGACCCCCCCACCAGUCUGCUGAGGAUCUCAUGUUCAGCUCGCCCUCUUGUCUCUCAGUUGUGCUGGUGUGUUAUCCUUGGACUGCAGAAGAUUUUUUUCCUUUUUAACUUUAAAUCUUAAGAAGGAAAUACAAUCUAUUCACUGAACGGCUGGAUGACAUGAAGCACGUGUGAGUGGUACAAAGACCCUGGAAUUAAAGGCAGACAGGCAAGCUGAUGUAUGUGAUGCACAACUCCGAAUACCCCCUCAGCUGCUUCGCUCUCUUUGAAAAUGGUCCCUGCCUUAUAGCAGAUGCCAACUUUGAUAUCCUCAUGGUGAAGUUGAAAGGCUUCUUCCAAAAUGCCAAGGCAAACAAGAUAGAGAGCCGGGGCACCCGCUACCAGUACUGUGACUUCUUGGUGAAGGUGGGCACGGUUACAAUGGGGCCCAGUGCCCGUGGGAUAUCUGUAGAGGUGGAGUACUGUCCCUGCGUGAUAGCCAACGACUGCUGGAACCUGCUCAUGGAGUUCAUGCAGAGCUUCAUGGGGAACCACACUCCCGGUAUCCCGUCCGUGUUCGGCACCAAGCACGACAGCAUCUACAGCCCAGGAGACACGAUGGUUCAGUACAUGGAGCUGUUCAACAAGAUCCGCAAGCAGCAGCAGGUGCCUGUAGCGGGGAUCAGAUGAAAGGACUCCCCUGGAGCCUGGUUUAGAGCAAGUGCAUCCUCUUUUCUGCCUGCCCAUCUGGAUCAGGAGUUCCUCCAAAAAGUGGCACUGGAGGCAGCCCAAGGUUUAUUUUUUCUUCUCAGUCUCUUUCCCCCUGUUUCAAAGCAAAGGUUUUGAACGCUGUGCAUAUUUCUUGUUGUUCUUCAUGGUUUUGAGUAUGUCUGGGAUCGGGCCUGUGGUUCUGGCGGUUCUUUGUACCAUGCUUCAUGCAGGGGAUUACUGUUCGUCAGCAGGAGGGAACAGCAGAAUUUCCAGCCAAACACAUGCAAGGGCAGAGUUUUCUUGACUGCAAACAGCUACAUGAGAGAUUUUUAUUUUAAAAAAAUUUUUAGAUAGCCACGUGAAAGAGUCUUGUUAUUUUUCAUCAAAAUAAAAAGCUGUAUUUUGUGAGGA